AUGGGUCUGUCCAUCGUGCAGCCAUGGCCAGACAUUGCGACGCCGGUUUAUGAGCUCCGACAGCAAGGGCGACAAGCCAUACUACGUGACGACGCCGAUUUUCUACGUCAAUGCAUAUCAGGGCUAAUUGAGAUCACCGUAGCGCCGCACGUCGGCCACAUGUACUCGAUGCUCCUUGCCGACGUUCUAAAGCGCUGGCAAGUCCUCAAGGGCCGGCCCGCGAUCCUCUGCACCGGGACGGACGAGCAUGGCUCCAAGGUGCAACAAGCGGCGGCGCGGCAGGGUGUGGCGCCCAAGGAGUUCUGCGAUACAACGGCCGAGAAGUUCCGAGACCUGGCGCGGGCGAUCGGCAUGGACAACGACCACUUCAUCCGCACGACGGACCUGGACCACAAGGAGGCGGUGCAGCAUUUCUGGCACCUUCUUAAAGAGAAAGGUUACAUAUACGAGUCCAAGCAUGAGGGAUGGUACUGCGUCAGCGAUGAGUGCUUUUACGCAGCCAACGAGGUCGAGCGGACGGUUGUGCCGCAGACGGGACGAACGGUGAUGGCUUCGAUCGAGUCCGGGAAUGAGGUUGAGUGGGUCGAGGAGAAGAACUAUCACUUCCGCAUGACAGCGUUGAAGGACAGGUUGUUGGCGUUCUACGCGGCGAACCCAGACUGGAUCGUGCCAAGGGCGCGCAUGAAAGAGGUGGUCGCCUGGGUAUCGAACAACCUUGAGGACCUCUCGAUCUCGCGGCCGGUGCAGAGGCUGGACUGGGGCGUGCGCGUGCCCGACGAUCCGACUCAGACCAUCUACGUAUGGGUCGAUGCGCUCAUCAACUACCUCACCAAGGCGGGCUUCCCCGGCUGGCAGCCAGGUCGCGAGCACGAGGGCGGGUGGCCCGCAGAUGUGCAGGUCAUUGGCAAGGACAUUGUGCGGUUCCACGGCGUGUAUUGGCCGGCGCUGCUCAUGGCGCUGGAACUUCCGCUGCCGAAGCAGCUGCUGACCCACGCGCACUGGACGUUGGGGAAGAAGAAGAUGUCCAAGUCGCUGGGAAACGUCGUAAAUCCGUUCUUCGCGAUUGACCGCUGGGGAUUGGACACAAUGCGAUACUUCAUGAUGCGCGAUGGCGGUAUUGAAAAAGAUGCCGAUUACGAGAACUCGCUUGUCGUGGCGAGGUAUCAGAAGGACCUGCAAUCGACCUUGGGCAACUUGAUGAACCGGGUCGCAAAGAGCAAAGUGUGGAAGCUUAGGGACUCUGUGGCGUGGGCGGGUGAGAACGGCACAUCCAUGGGGCACAACGUCCAUGCGAGCGAGGCACUGAAGGCGUCAGUUGAUGAGAUGGCAGCAACCAUGUCGAAGUACAUGGACGAGCUAAACCCCAACGCCGCCAUCCGCAGCGUGCUGAGCGUUCUCGUGGAGGCGAACAAGUACAUUUCCGACACGGCCCCGUGGAAGCUGACCAAGUCGGCUGAGGCCAAGGAUCAGGCCGCGCUGCACGAGAUCAUCUACUGUGCCUCGGAAGCCGUUCGGUGUGCGGGCAUUCUCCUACAGCCCGUCAUGCCGUCCAAAAUGGGUACUCUUCUUGACAUGGUUGGCGUCCAAGCCGACAGACGCGGGUUUGAGUACGCGGUGUUCGGCGCGGACCUGACGUACGGCACGCCGGCAAUUGACCCCGGACGACCCGGAGAGUGGAACAGCCUCUUCCCGCCGCAAGCUUCUGAGAAGUAA